AGCAAAACGCCCUCUGACGCCGAUGCUAGGGCGAAAGCCCCACUACCCCUCCGUGCGCCCUCCAACACUUUUGGUUUGUUCACCCUUUGCGACCUAUAACAUUUCCUGCGCUCGAGUCUCUCCUCGAGCUUUAUCCUUUUCCUCCUUCACCACUUCCUUCCCAUUGACCCGUCAUCAUGGUGCAGGUCGACCAGAAGGCUGUCCUUAUCGUCAUCGACGGAUGGGGUGUUGCGACUGAGAAGUCGCGCAAGGAUGGAGAUGCCAUCCUCGCUGCGGACACCCCUACCAUGGACGAAUUUGCCAGGAGCGGCUCCAAGACCGCCCAGGGCUACACCGAGCUCGAGGCCUCUUCCCUCGCCGUCGGUCUGCCGGAGGGCCUGAUGGGCAACAGCGAGGUCGGCCACUUGAACAUUGGUGCUGGCCGCGUUGUCUGGCAAGACUCAGUCCGCAUUGGACAGACAAUCAAGAGCGACAAGCUCGGCGAGGUCGAGAACGUUAAGAAGUCGUUCCAGAGGGCCAUCGACGGCAACGGCAGGCUUCACCUCUGCGGUCUGGUCUCUGACGGUGGUGUCCACUCGCACAUCGACCACCUGGUCGCUCUGCUCAAGGUCGCUAAGAAGAUGGGCGUUCCUAAGGUCUUCAUCCACUUCUUUGGCGACGGCCGUGACACCGACCCCAAGUCCAGCGCCGGAUACAUGGAGGAUCUGCUUAAGGCCGCAAAGGAUAUUGGUACUGGCGAGCUCGCUACAAUCGUUGGCCGCUACUACAUCAUGGACCGUGAUAAGAGGUGGGAUCGUGUUGAGAUCGGCCUCAAGGGUCUGCUCACAGGCGAGGGUGAGGAGAGCAGCGAUCCGGUAGCCACCAUCAAGGAGCGGUACGAGAAGGGCGAGAACGACGAGUUCCUGAAGCCCAUCAUUGUCGGUGGAAAGGAGCGCAGAAUCCAAGACAAGGACACUGUCUUCUUCUUCAACUACCGCUCCGAUCGUGUUCGUGAGGUCACUCAGCUUUUGGGCGACGUCGACCGCUCGCCUAAGCCCGACCUCCCCUACCCUGCCGACAUCCACCUUACCACCAUGACCGCAUACAACCCCAGCUACACAUUCCCUAUCGCUUUCCCUCCUCAGCGAAUGAACGAUGUUCUUGCGGAGACGCUCGGAAAGCAGGGUGUGAAGCAGUGCCACGUUGCUGAGACCGAGAAGUACGCUCACGUUACUUUCUUCUUCAACGGUGGUGUUGAGAAGCAGUUUGAGAACGAGGAGCGUGAGAUGGUUCCCUCCCCUAAGGUAGCCACGUACGAUCUCCAGCCCACAAUGAGCGCUAUGGCUGUCGCUGAGAAGCUUUGCGAGCGUAUCCGCACUGGCAAGUUUGAGUUCCUCAUGAACAACUUCGCACCACCUGACAUGGUUGGCCACACUGGUGUCUACAAGGCAGCCAUCGAGGCUUGUACUGAGACCGACAAGGCCAUCAAGCUGGUCUACGAUCAGUGCAAGGAGAGCGGAUACGUUCUCUUUGUCACCGCUGACCAUGGUAACGCUGAGGAGAUGCUUACCGAGGAGGCCACGCCGAAGACAUCUCACACUGUCAACAAGGUUCCCUUCGUCAUGGCUAACGCUCCUGAAUCCUGGAGUCUGAAGAAGACGGACGGUGUUCUCGGUGACGUCGCACCUACAAUCUUGAGCCUGAUGGGUCUUUCCCAGCCUGAGGCUAUGGACGGCACUAGCUUGCUUGUCAAGUCGUGAGGCUAACGACUCUUCGUUUCCUAUGAUUCCCUUUUGUAUAGACCACGGGAGUGUUGGCUACGACUGAACGCUGUAUGUAUAGAAAUGGCAUACACCUCAAGAUCUAGAUCAAGAUCCAAAUACAGGAUGCUGCAGAUGCAGAACCACUCUGCAAAAGUCAUGACUUGCAAGCUUGCAUGCGUUGUUGAUGCCCGAGGCCUGAUACGCGAUGUUGACCCGUUCGCCCCAGCUACUUGGGCAGCGACAGGUGUCGUGAGGAAGGCGCGUUGUUGCGCUCCAUGUGCACAGAAUGAUGCAUGUGAAUAUUAUGAAGUCGUCAAUAUGCGUCUGAUUUCUCCAAGACUUUGAUCACGGACGAAGAGUAGGCGUUCAUGCAGGCUUGCGCACGUCAAUAGCACCCCGCUAGGCGACCCCUCCAGCUGUGUCAGGGUCCGGCGCCCGUGAGCUGACCCUUGCCGUGCGAUGUCGACGACGAUUGAG